AUGGACGUUUUAGAAAAUUAUUAUUCACUGAAAGCUGUUGUGCGUUCUGCAAGUCAACAUUUUACUAUCGCUAUAAAUAAAGGAACACAUUGGUUGUAUUUUGAUGAUAUCUGCAGAUCAAUUCAGCAAUAUUCCACUUUUCAAAACCUCUUGAUUGCCCAUGCCAAUGGCUGGUAUUUUGCUGUCUAUGAAAAGUCUGCCAUUCCAUUCAUUGAUAGCGGUAAUGCACAUGCAGCUGUGAACCAAUCUAAGUACACCCAAGAAUACCUCACAGGACAUUCAGUGCCAAAAGUACUCAUUAAUGAUACUUUAACAGUGCCAUCAAACAAACACAUUGCACAAGCAAAACAAAAUGCAUACAUGAAAGAAUAUCGAAAGAAAAGAAAAAGUAAUGAAACUGCAGAAGAACAACUUGCAAAAAACAAAAGCAAAAUGCUUACAUGA